GGAGGCCACCGAGCCAUAGCGAGAGCUUCCGCUUGAUGAGCACCAGCGCAAGCUAUACCCGCACCAGCAGCUUCGGUACUUCGGCGCAAACGCCUCCUCCUGCUGGUCCCAUGGGCAUGCUGAGCCCACAUCUGCCCGUCAGCAAUGGCAGCCGUGCGGGCACCGCAGACGGAGGGUUCGUGGCGGCAGCGGCGGCAGCUACAGCCCCAUCUGUGCCGUCGCAGCCCGGCUCUGCUACCCGGCCGCCGCCGCCACGCCGCAUGUCCUUCCGUGUGGGCCACGGGGCCGCCGCGCUGCAGGCGCUGUCGCCGUCCGGGGUGUAAGUGCGCAGGCCCAGACGGCGUGUUUAGGAACAGCAGGUACCGCACAUUGGAUCGAAGUUCGGCUCAUUCGGUUCUUGUCAUGUGCGCGUCAUUGCCUGCUGAGUACAAAGCAGCCUGCGGAUUGUAGGCAGCAGGGGAGGCAGCUAGGCCGCCGCCGGGUAUGCCGCGGCACAAGACAAGUUUGUACGUAUUGGUUGUAUACAUGCCGAAUGUUGCGUGGCGGGACACGCCCCAAUGGGGUGGGAGCAAGGCCAGAGGACCGAGGUGCAGUAGCAACUGGUUAUGGUUGCAAGAUUGCGAGCAAGAAGAGACUUGAGUACUGGACAACUGGACAGUGUUAGUUUGGCAGCGGUGCAGAUAUAAGAAGUUGAGGAAAUGCCACGCUGCUGCUAGUAAGUCUCAAACCCAAGCUUUAGAAUGCGUGCCCCUGUCACUGAGAGUGCCAUUUGUGCAAGGGUAUGGGAUAGGGGGGGGGCGGGCUCCUAGGGCGCCAGUACCAGGGUCCAGGACAGUCCUGCUAGGGGCGGGAAGAUGUCAUGGCGGUGGCGGAGAAACCGAGGAACAGAGACCCCCGACCAUCGUUUUCGCGCUGCUGAGUGUGGGAAAAGCUUGGACGAUACCUAUCGCUAACUA